AUGAGUACAACCUCAUCAUAUUUACCUCAAAAAGAAUUUAAUCAAACAAAUAUUUAUGAUUAUGAUGAAGUACCAGAAAAUAAAUCAUGGGCUCAAUCAUUACCUAUAGCACAAGGUUUAUAUAAUCCAGAAUUAGAAAAAGAUGCUUGUGGUGUUGGUUUUACUUGUCAUUUAAAAGGUUUACCUUCUCAUAAAAUAGUAUCUGAUGCUAAAAAUUUAUUAUGUAAUAUGACUCAUAGAGGUGGUGAAUUAAAUCCAAAAGAUGGUGAUGGUGCUGGUUUAUUAAGUUCAAUUCCUCAUAAUUUUUUAGUUAGAGAAUUUCAAUAUCAUUGUAAUGUUACUUUACCAAAAAAAGGUCAAUAUGGUGUUGGUAAUUUAUUUUUUAAAAAAGAUGAUGUUGUAUUUGAUAAAUCAAAAAAGACUUUUGAAAGUAUUGCAGAAUCAUUAGAUUUAAAAGUUUUAGGAUGGAGAAAAGUACCACAUGAUUCUUCAAUUUUAGGACCAGCUGCAUUAUCAAGAGAACCUUAUAUUUUACAACCAGCAGUUGUUAUGAAUGAAAUUAUAGGUAAAGAUGUAGAUGAAGAAGAAUUUAUUUCCAAAUAUCAACAAGAUUUUGAAAAAAGAUUAUUUAUUUUAAGAAAACAAUCAUCUCAUACUAUUGGUUUACAUAAUUGGUUUUAUAUUUGUUCAUUAUCUUCUAAAACCAUUGUUUAUAAAGGUCAAUUAGCACCAAAUCAAGUCUAUGCAUAUUAUCAUGAUUUAGUUAAUUCUGAAUAUGAAUCACAUUUUGCAUUAGUUCAUUCAAGAUUUUCAACAAAUACUUUCCCAAGUUGGGAUAGAGCACAACCAUUAAGAUUAGCUGCUCAUAAUGGUGAAAUUAAUACUUUAAGAGGUAAUAAAAAUUGGAUGAGAGCAAAAGAAGGUGUUAUGCAAUCAAAAUUAUUUGGUGAAGAAAUGGAUAAAUUAUUUCCAAUUAUUGAAGAAGGUGGUUCAGAUUCUGCAGCUUUUGAUAAUGUUUUAGAACUUUUGGUUGUUAAUGGAGUUGUUUCAUUACCUGAAGCAGUUAUGAUGAUGAUUCCAGAAGCUUGGCAAAAUGAUGAAUUUAUUGAUCCAAAAAAGAAAGCAUUUUAUGAAUGGGCUGCUUGUUUAAUGGAACCAUGGGAUGGUCCAGCAUUAUUUACUUUUGCAGAUGAUAGAUAUUGUGGUGCUAAUUUAGAUCGUAAUGGUUUAAGACCUUGUAGAUAUUAUGUUACUGAUGAUGAUAGAAUGAUUUGUGCAUCAGAAGUUGGUGUUAUUGAAAUUGAACCAGAAAAAGUUUUACAAAAGGGUAGAUUACAACCAGGUAGAAUGCUUUUGGUUGAUACUAAAGAAGGUAGAAUUGUUGAUGAUAAAGAAUUGAAAAAUAAAGUUUCUUCAAGAUUUGAUUUUAAAUCUUGGGUUUUAGCUAAUAUGAUAACUUUAAAAGAUUUAUCUGAAAAAUUUGAAUCAAGAAGUAUUGAUAUUAAAUCAAAACCUGUUGAUACCACAAUAACAAUUCAAACUGAUCCAAGAUUAAUUGCUUCAGGUUAUUCACAUGAACAAGUUUUAUUUGUUUUAGCUCCAAUGGCUGAAGGUAAUGAAGCAUUAGGUUCAAUGGGUAAUGAUAAUGCAUUAGCAUGUAUUUCAGAACAACCAAAAUUAUUAUAUGAAUAUUUCCGUCAAUUAUUUGCACAAGUUACAAAUCCACCAAUUGAUCCAAUCAGAGAAAAAAUUGUUAUGUCUUUAGAAUGUUAUGUUGGUCCACAAGGUAAUUUAUUAGAAAUGAAACCAGAUCAAUUAAAUAGAUUAUUAUUGAAAUCACCAAUUUUAACAAAUUCAGAAUUAUUAGCUAUACAAAAUAUAAAUAAAGUUUAUCCAAAAUGGUCAGUUGCAAACAUUGAUAUUACUUUUGAAAAAAGUCAGGGUAUUCAAGGUUAUAUAAAUACUAUUGAUAGAAUUUGUCAAUCUGCUUCAAAAGCUAUUGCUGAUGAUAAUCAAAUUAUCAUAUUAAGUGAUGUUUCAACAUCAGCUGAUAGAUUACCAAUAUCAGCAUUAAUUGCAGUUGGUGCAGUACAUCAUCAUUUAGUUAGACAAAAACAACGUUCUAAAGUUGCUUUAAUAAUUGAAACUCAGGAAGCAAAAGAAGUUCAACAUGCUUGUUGUUUAGUUGGUUAUGGUGCAGAUGGUAUUAAUCCAUAUUUAGCAAUGGAAACUUUAGUUAGAAUGAAACAUCAAAAAUUAUUAAAAGAUGAAACAUUAACUGAAGAGAAAAUUAUUCAAAAUUAUAAAAAUUCUAUUGAUGCAGGUAUAUUAAAAGUUAUGUCAAAAAUGGGUAUUUCAACAUUAGCUUCUUAUAAAGGUGCACAAAUUUUUGAAGCUUUAGGUAUUGAUAAUUCAGUUAUUGAUAGAUGUUUUGCAGGUACUGCUUCAAGAAUUAAAGGUGUUACUUUUGAAUAUAUUGCACAAGAUGCUUUUACUUUACAUGAAAGAGGUUAUCCUACAAGAGACACCAUAAAACCAAUUGGAUUACCAGAAACUGGUGAAUACCAUUGGAGAGAUGGUGGUGAUGCUCAUAUUAAUGAUCCAGCUGCUAUAGCUUCAUUACAAGAUGCUGUACGUAAUAAAAAUGAAAGAGCUUUUGAAGCUUAUUGUAAAAAGGAAAAUGAAGCUGUUAGAAAUUGUACUUUAAGAGGUUUAUUAGAUUUCGAUUUUGAAGCUUCAACUCCUGUACCACUUGAUCAAGUUGAACCAUGGACUGAAAUUGUUAGACGUUUUUUCACUGGUGCUAUGUCUUAUGGGUCCAUUUCAAUGGAAUCACAUUCCACUUUAGCUGUUGCUAUGAAUAGAUUAGGUGGUAAAUCAAAUACAGGUGAAGGUGGUGAAGAUGCAGCAAGAUCACAAGUUAGUGAAAAUGGUGAUACUAUGAGAUCAGCUAUUAAACAAGUUGCUUCUGGUAGAUUUGGUGUUACAUCAUAUUAUUUAGCAGAUGCUGAUGAAUUACAAAUUAAAAUGGCUCAAGGUGCAAAACCUGGUGAAGGUGGUGAAUUACCAGGUCAUAAAGUUUCAGCAGAAAUUGGUAAAACUAGACAUUCUACUGCUGGAGUUGGUUUAAUUUCUCCUCCACCACAUCAUGAUAUUUAUUCAAUUGAAGAUUUAAAACAAUUAUUAUAUGAUUUAAAAUGUGCAAAUCCAAGAGCAAGAACUUCAGUCAAAUUAGUUUCUGAAGUUGGUGUUGGUAUUGUUGCAGCAGGUGUAGCAAAAGCAGGAUCUGAAAAUAUCUUGGUUAGUGGUGGUGAUGGUGGUACUGGUGCAGCCAAAUUAACUUCUAUAAAAUAUGCUGGUUUACCAUGGGAAUUAGGUUUAGCUGAAUCUCAUCAAACUUUAGUAUUAAAUGAUUUAAGAGGUAGAGUUAUAUUACAAACUGAUGGUCAAUUAAGAACCGGUAGAGAUAUUGCUAUAGCAUGUUUAUUAGGAGCUGAAGAAUGGGGGUUUGCAACAACUCCAUUAAUUGCAAUGGGUUGUAUAUAUAUGAGAAAAUGUCAUCUUGGUACUUGUCCAGUUGGUAUUGCAACUCAAGAUCCAGAAUUAAGAAAAAAAUUCGAAGGUACACCAGAACAUGUUAUUAAUUUCUUUUAUUAUAUGGCUAAUGAUUUAAGACAAUUUAUGGCAAAAUUAGGUUUUAGAACUAUUACUGAAAUGGUUGGUAGAACUGAAAAAUUAAGAGUUCGUGAAGAUUUUAGAAAUACUAAAAAUGCUAAUAUUGAUUUAUCACCAAUUUUAACUCCUGCUCAUACUAUUAGACCAGGAGUUGCUACUCAUUGUGUUAGAAAACAAGAUCAUAGAUUACAUGUUAGAGUUGAUAAUAAAUUAAUUGAUGAAUCUGAAUUAACUUUAGCUAAAGGAUUACCAGUUACUAUUGAUUGUGAAGUUGUAAAUACUGAUAGAUCUUUGGGAACUACUUUAUCAUAUAGAGUUUCCAAAACAUUUGGUGAACAAGGUUUACCACAUGAUACUAUUCAUGUUAAUGUAUCUGGUUCAGCAGGUCAAUCAUUUGGUGCAUUUUUAGCUUCAGGUGUUACUUUAGAAUUAGAAGGUGAUGCCAAUGAUUAUAUUGGUAAAGGUUUAUCAGGUGGUAGAAUUAUUGUUUAUCCACCAAAAGAAUCUAAAUUUAAAGCUGAAGAUCAAAUUAUUGCUGGUAAUACUGCCUUUUUUGGAGCUACUUCAGGUACUGCAUUUGUUAGAGGUAUUGCAGCAGAAAGAUUUGCAGUUAGAAAUUCAGGUGCAAUUAUUGUUGCUGAAGGUACUGGAGAUCAUGGUUGUGAAUAUAUGUCUGGUGGUAGAGUUGUUAUAUUAGGUGCAACUGGUAGAAAUUUUGCAUCUGGUAUGUGUGGUGGUAUUGCUUAUGUACUAGAUAUGGCCCAAGAUUUUGCUGAUAAAGUUAAUAAAUCAAAUGUUGAAAUAUCAUCAGUUAGUGAAACUCAAGAAAUUGCAUUUUUAAGAAAUUUAAUUGAAGAUCAUCGUCAUUAUACCGGUUCAGAAGUAGCUGAUAGAGUAUUGAAUGAUUUUAAUAGAUAUUUACCAAGAUUUGUUAAAGUUUUACCAUAUGAUUAUAAGAAAGUAUUGGAAAAGGAAAAACAAUUAGCUGAAGAAGCUAAAAAGAAAGAAUUAAGUACUUUCUUAAAAUCAAUAAAAGAAGAUCCAGAAUCUGAUGUUACUAAUGGUGAAGCAUACAAGAUUAAAAAAGGUCAUGUUCAUCGUCAUUCACAUAACAAGAAUGAACCAAAAGUUGCUGAUGUUGAAGAUACUGUUUUCAAUACUGAAUUUGAAAAGAAAGCACCAGUUAAAUUAGAUAAAGUUAAAGGUUUCAUGAAAUAUAAAAGAAGAAAUGAAAAAUAUAGAGAUGCAAAAGCAAGAACUAAAGAUUGGAAUGAAAUGACUUCUAGAUUAACUAAAGAUGAAUUACAUUAUGAAACUGCUAGAUGUAUGGAUUGUGGUGUACCUUUCUGUACUUCAGAUACUGGUUGUCCAAUUUCAAAUGUUAUACCAAAAUGGAAUGAAUUAGUUUUCAAUGAUAGAUGGUUUGAUGCAUUACAAAGAUUAUUAAUGACUAAUAAUUUCCCUGAAUUUACUGGUAGAAUCUGUCCAGCUCCAUGUAUGGGUGCUUGUGUUUUAGGAAUAAAUGAAGAUCCAGUUAAUAUUAAAUCAGUUGAAUGUGCAAUUAUUGAUCAUGGAUUUGAAAAAGGUUGGAUUAAACCAACUCCACCACAACAUAGAACUGGUAAAACUGUUGCUGUUAUUGGAUCCGGACCUGCUGGGUUAGCAUGUGCUGAUCAAUUAAAUAAAGCAGGUCAUACUGUAACAGUUUAUGAAAGAAGUGAUAGACCUGGUGGAUUAUUAAUGUAUGGUAUUCCAAAUAUGAAAUUAGAUAAAGGAAUUGUUAAAAGAAGAACUGAUUUAUUAGCAGCUGAAGGUAUUGAAUUUAUUUGUAAUACAACCGUUGGUGAAGACAUAACUGUCAGUGAAUUAAAAGAACAAUUUGAUGCAGUUGUAUUUGCAGUUGGUUCAACAAUUCCAAGAGAUUUAAAAAUUCCAGGUAGAGAAUUAGAAAAUAUUAAUUUUGCAAUGCAAUUAUUACAUAAAAAUACUAAAGCAUUAUUGGAAGAUGAAUUAGAAAAUAUUAGAGAACAAUUAGAAGGUAAACAUGUUGUUGUUAUCGGAGGUGGUGAUACAGGUAAUGAUUGUUUAGGUACUUCAACAAGACAUGGAGCUAAAUCAGUCACAAAUUUCGAAUUAUUACCACAUCCACCAGCUACAAGACCAAAAGAUAAUCCAUGGCCUCAAUGGCCAAGAAUAUUUAGAGUUGAUUAUGGUCAUACUGAAGUUUCAACUCAUUAUGGUAAAGAUCCUAGAGAAUAUUCUAUUUUAUCUAAAGAAUUUGUAGGUGAAGAUGGUAAAGUUAAAGGAAUCAAAACCGUUAGAGUUGAAUGGAAACGUUCAGAUUCUGGAGCUUGGCAAAUGGCUGAAGUUGCAGGUAGUGAAGAAUUUUUCCCAGCUGAUGUUGUAUUAUUAUCAAUGGGUUUCAUUGGACCAGAUUCAGAUAAUUUAGAAGUUAAAAGAACUAAAAGAGGUACAAUCACAACAGUUGAUCCAAACGUUUAUAAAGUUGAUGAUGAUUCUAAUUUAUUUACUGCUGGUGAUUGUAGAAGAGGUCAAUCCUUAGUUGUAUGGGGUAUUCAAGAAGGUAGACAAUGUGCUAGAGAAGUUGAUGAGUAUUUAAUGGGAUCAACUAGAUUACCUGGUAAUGGUUCAGUUGAACAAAGAAGUUAUAAAUUAUUGGAAGAAUUAGCUGAAAAAGUUUAA